AAAUAAAAAGCGAGCAGGGAAAAUAAGCAAACGGAAAGCAGAUUCCCGCGCCACGUGUGAGCGAGACGGUUGAUCUCCUCCACCGAUGGCAUAUGUUACUGCUCCGAGACCAAAAAUGGCGGCUUUCUCUCCCCUUCCCACUCUUUCGCUGCCCUCACUCUCGCUCUAGAGAGUCGAAACCACGGCCCAUCGGUUUAAUUUUUCUUCUUCUGCACUGCACCGCCAAAUGCCUCCCGCCACCAUCACGCUACUCCUCGCGUUCUCCGCGCUGUUUCUUUGCUGUCGACUUUCUCCGGCGGCCGCGUCGUCCGGUGAUGUCGGCGGCGGGGCCAGGCGGGUGCUGCACCAGCCAUUGUUCCCAAUCGAGUGGACUCCGCCCCCUUCGCCGCCGCCUCCGCCCGCCCCGGACUUUACUUCCGACCCAAGCUCCCCGGCGACGCCUGACGGUUCUUCAGGGGAAUUCUUCCCUCCGGCGCCACCGACUGCGCCCGCCGGCGGCGGAGGUGCGACGUCCUCCCCCACCACUGUUGCCGCCAACGUCCCGAACGCGCCGUCCGGCGCUGGUGAUGGCGGCCACCACGGCGGCCCUCCGAAGGCGACCAUCGUCGUGGCAGGGGCAGCCGCGGCCGCAGCGGUCGCGUUGCUGGGCUUCGCGUGCGCAUUCCUCAUCACCGGCCGCGCACGCCGCCGUGGAGACUUGCAGAAGCUUCUUGGCCGCGACCGCGGGCCGGCGCACCACCACGCUGCCCCCUCCGCUGCUGACUUCCUCUAUGUCGGCACUGUCGAGCCCACCACGCCCGGUCGCCACCACGGGCCCACCACUGCCGAUCUCGUUGGGUCCCCGUACCGCAAGCUGCGCAGCGAUCGCGCACGGCGUGGGGUAAGCCGCGACGAGGCCACCGACCACCCGAGCCCGGAGCUCCGGCCUCUCCCGCCGCUGCGGCGCGCGGUCAUGCUGGGCUCUUCCGACGAGGACGCGUACUACACGCCGCGGCAGCUCUCGGGGGGCUCCGGCGGCGGGGCUGGCGGCGAAGCGUGGAGCGAGGCGAGCGCGUCCAGCCCGCCCACCACCACCACCGCCUCGCGCCGCAGCCUCCCCAGCCUCACCAGCGACUGCUUCCCGCCGGUCGCGGCCAUCGCCGCGCUACCCCCGCCCCCUGCGCGCUCCCGCCGUACGCCCCCGCGCACGCGCUUCUCCACCGGCUCGACCCCGGAAAUCAAACAGGUGAUCUCGCCGUCCCCGCGACCGGUGCAACCCUCAAACCAAGCACCGCCGCCGCCGCCGCCGCCGCCGCCGCCGCCGCCGCCUCCUCCUCCUCCACCACCCCCGCCGAAGUCCAACACCACUCCAAAACCUCCUCCACCACCACCGCCACCGAGGCCGCCGACUAAUACCAUCCCAAAGCCUGCGGAGCCGCCGUCCGGGCCGACGUCGCGUCGCCGGUUGCUCAAGCCGUUGCCUCCGGAAGGGCCCCGCAUUGCCAUGCCGAUGCCGAUCACGGCGACGACGACGGCUGAUAACAACGGAAGCGCGUCAAUGCGUGCAGGGGACGACGCGGCGGAUGGUCAUGUCGGCAACGGCGAGCCGAGGCCAAAGCUAAAGCCGCUGCACUGGGACAAGGUGCGGGCGACCUCCGACCGCGCCACGGUCUGGGACCAGCUGAAGUCAAGCUCAUUCCAGUUGGAUGAGAACAUGAUUGAGGCCUUGUUCAUGAACAACUCGACGCCGGCCGCGCCGCCUAGGGACGCCGGAAGGAAGGCCGCUGUGCCACCGUUCCGGCAGGAGGAGAGGGUGCUCGACCCCAAGAAAGCACAGAACAUCGCCAUCCUGCUCCGCGCGUUGAAUGUUACGCGUGAGGAGGUCUCUGAUGCACUGUUGGAUGGCAAUGCCGAAUGCUUGGGAACUGAACUUUUGGAAACUUUAGUCAAGAUGGCUCCUACUAAAGAGGAAGAACUCAAACUUCGAGAUUAUAAUGGUGACCUAUCAAAGCUUGGUUCUGCAGAGCGCUUUCUCAAGGCUGUACUUGAUAUACCUUCUGCCUUCAAAAGAGUUGAUGCCAUGCUAUACCGAGCCAAUUUCGAGACUGAAAUAAAUUACCUAAGGAAAUCGUUUGAAACGCUAGAGGCAGCCUGCGAAGAUCUUAGAGGCAGUAGGUUGUUCCUGAAACUCCUCGAAGCAGUGCUGAGAACCGGGAACCGGAUGAAUGUUGGCACUAACCGGGGUGAGGCAAAAGCCUUCAAACUUGACACUCUCCUAAAACUUGCUGAUGUCAAGGGCACUGAUGGUAAAACAACUCUGUUGCAUUUUGUUGUCCAAGAAAUCGUUCGAUCAGAAGAUGCAAAACCAGAAAAAGAAAGUGCCAUGAUUAUUCAUAGCUCUAAAGACGAGCAGUUACGUAAGCAAGGCCUUAACCUUGUGUCUGGGCUCAGCAGCGAGUUAGGAAAUGUCAAGAAAGCAGCUAUGAUGGACUUCGAUGUCUUGCACGGUUAUGUCAAUAAGCUAGAAACAGGUCUUGAAAAAAUCAAGUCAUUCUUGCAGCUUGAGAGGCAAUAUACACAAGGCCAGACAUUCUUUACGACAAUGCAAAGUUUUCUGAAGGAAGCUGAGAAGGAGAUAGAGCAAGUCAGAGGCGAGGAGAAGAGGGCUUUGGUGAGAGUAAAAGACAUCACUGAGUAUUUUCAUGGUGACACCUCAAAGGAGGAAGCACACCCUCUUAGGAUAUUCAUGGUGGUGAGGGACUUCCUCUCGACGUUGGAUCAUGUCUGCAAGGAGGUUGGUCGGAUGCAGCAGGACAGGACUGUCAUUGGCUCGGCCAGGUCAUUCCGCAUCUCGGCUACAACCUCAUUGCCGUUAAAUCUGUAUGGACAACGGAGGGAGAACAACUCUGACGAUGACAGUCCAUCGUCAUAGGACAGGGAGAUUAAGGAACAAAGUCACAAACUGGAUUUUUGAAUGAACAUAGCACAUCAACCUUGUCAGCGUUAAGCAGCUGCGUAGCCGGAGCUGCAGAUGUUGAGAUGACAAUGACAAUGAGCCAAUGAGGCACAUAUUUAAUCUUGGGAAGACCAAGGUUGGGAUAGAUGGGGGUUUAUACGUUUGGAUCAUGUAGAUUUUUUGUACAAAGGAAAAAUAAUUAUAACACGUUGUUUUUCUACUCGUUGGGUAAUUUGCACGAAUUGAGGCCUAGAAAGCUGCUCGCGUUCAGUAGUACCUUGCAGCCUGUGGGUAUAUGACUAUAUUCUUAUGUAAUUAUGCUCAUUUUGUGGUGGACUACUAAUAUAACCUGAAAACAACUCAUCAGAA